AUAACAAGUGGCCCCUAGGUUGUUUCCACCAUUCCCGUAAAUGUUAACAUCCCAAACUAACCAACAAAUUGGCAAGUUUUAUGGUUUGAGAGAGAGAGAGAGAGAGAGAGAGAGAGAGAGAGAGAGAGAGAGAGAGAGAGAGAGAGAGAGAGAGAGAGAGAAAUACAUAGUGAAAUAGCUUAUAGCCUAAUGACUUGGCCAGCGUCGACCAAAGGACUCUCCUGCUCCUUCGCUCAUUUACGGUCCCGAAUUUUCCCAAAGCUCAGCUAUAUAGAUAACCCAACCAACACACCACUUUAACUUUGAGUUUCCACUUUGUAUAUUUUGUACUAUUGCUUUAACCGUAAUAAACUUUAAAUUUCCCCCAUAAAUUAACAUAAUAAUACCUAGUUAUUAAGUUGUUCUUAAUUACUUUUUUCUUUUUGAGGUAGAAGUUAAAAACAAGCCGCACAAAGCUCAACAUAUAUAAAGAAAAGAUGUGGGUUUCUAUGAGAGUAGUUUCAGCUCCCAAUUUAUAACUUAUAACGUACUUUUGGUUUGCAUGGAAAGAUAAAUAAAGAGACUACAUUUCCUUCUUUUUUCUUUUAAUUUAAUUAUAUGUUCCUGGGAAACUAAUCAGAGAGAAACAUGGCGGAUAAGAGCAUCAGCUUGGAAGAAAUCAAGAAUGAGACUGUUGAUCUUGAGCGAAUUCCCGUUGAAGAAGUGUUUCAACAAUUGAAAUGCACCAGGAACGGCCUGACAAGUGAAGAAGGCCAAAAAAGGCUUCAAAUCUUUGGUCCCAACAAACUUGAAGAGAAAAAGGAAAACAAGGUUCUGAAGUUCUUGGGAUUUAUGUGGAAUCCUCUUUCAUGGGUCAUGGAGUUUGCUGCUAUUAUGGCCAUUGCUUUGGCUAAUGGAGGAGGCAAACCCCCAGAUUGGCAAGAUUUUAUUGGAAUUGUCUCAUUGCUCUUCAUCAACUCAACUAUUAGCUUCAUCGAAGAAAAUAAUGCAGGAAAUGCUGCUGCUGCACUUAUGGCUGGUCUUGCUCCCAAAACCAAGGUCCUAAGAGAUGGAAAAUGGAACGAGCAAGAAGCUGCGAUUUUGGUACCGGGAGACAUCAUCAGUAUUAAAUUGGGAGAUAUUGUCCCUGCAGAUGCACGUCUUCUUGAAGGUGAUUCACUCAAGAUUGAUCAGUCUGCUCUUACCGGUGAGUCUUUGCCUGUAAAUAAGCACUCAGGUGAUGAGGUAUUCUCUGGUUCGACUGUAAAGCAAGGUGAGAUUGAGGCUGUCGUUAUUGCCACUGGCGUCCACACCUUCUUUGGAAAAGCUGCUCACCUUGUUGAUAGCACCAAUAACGUAGGGCACUUCCAGCAGGUGCUGACAGCAAUUGGGAACUUCUGCAUAUGCUCAAUUGGAGUAGGGAUGCUUAUCGAGAUUGUUGUGAUGUAUCCAAUCCAGCGCCGUAAGUACAGAGAUGGAAUCGAUAAUCUAUUGGUGCUUCUCAUUGGAGGGAUUCCAAUUGCCAUGCCAACAGUUUUAUCUGUGACCAUGGCUAUCGGAUCUCACCGGCUUUCACAACAAGGAGCCAUCACUAAGAGAAUGACAGCAAUUGAAGAAAUGGCUGGAAUGGACGUACUUUGCAGUGAUAAGACAGGGACACUCACUCUCAACAAGCUUACAGUGGACAAGAGCAUGAUUGAGGUGUUCAUGGACAAUAUUGACAAGGAAAUGGUUCUUCUACUAGCGGCAAGGGCCUCCCGGGUUGAGAAUCAAGAUGCCAUUGAUGCCUGUAUUGUUGGAAUGCUAGGUGAUCCCAAGGAGGCCAGAGCAGGGGUUACAGAAGUUCAUUUCUUUCCCUUCAACCCUGUUGAUAAGCGUACAGCCAUGACAUAUAUCGAGGCUGAUGGUAGUUGGCACCGAGUCAGCAAAGGUGCUCCAGAACAGAUUAUUGAACUAUGUAACCUCCGAAAUGAUGCGAAGAGGAGAGCUCAUGAUAUCAUUACUAAGUUUGCUGAUCGUGGGCUUCGCUCUCUUGCAGUGGCAAAACAAAAAGUGCCUGAGAAAACCAAGGAUGGCCAAGGAGAUCCAUGGCAAUUUGUGGGUUUAUUGCCUCUAUUUGAUCCCCCAAGGCAUGAUAGCGCAGAGACAAUUCGCCGUGCUCUAAGUCUUGGUGUCAAUGUCAAGAUGAUCACAGGUGAUCAACUAGCCAUUGGAAAGGAAACUGGUCGCCGGCUCGGCAUGGGAACCAACAUGUAUCCAUCAUCAGUUCUCCUUGGUGAAAAUAAGGGUGAUGCAUUAGAUACAAUUGGCGUUGAUGAGCUUAUCGAGAAGGCUGAUGGUUUUGCGGGCGUUUUUCCUGAGCACAAGUAUGAAAUUGUGAAGAGGCUACAACAAAGAAAGCACAUAUGUGGCAUGACCGGAGACGGUGUGAAUGAUGCACCAGCUCUUAAGAAGGCUGAUACUGGGAUUGCAGUCGAUGAUGCAACCGAUGCAGCUCGUAGUGCGUCGGACAUAGUAUUAACAGAACCAGGACUAAGUGUGAUUGUGAGUGCUGUUCUGACAAGUAGAGCAAUUUUCCAGAGAAUGAAAAACUACACCAUCUAUGCUGUCUCCAUUACUAUCCGAAUCGUGUUGGGAUUUAUGCUCCUUGCACUUAUUUGGAAGUUCGAUUUUUCACCUUUCAUGGUUUUGAUCAUAGCCAUACUCAAUGAUGGAACAAUUAUGACCAUUUCCAAGGACAGGGUUAAGCCAUCUCCAAUGCCUGACUCGUGGAAGCUCAAGGAGAUUUUUUGCACUGGCAUUGUCCUCGGCACCUAUCUAGCUUGCAUGACUCUUGUUUUCUUCUGGGCUGCGAAUGACUCGAACUUCUUUUCUGAUAAAUUUGGUGUAAGAUCCAUUAGACACAAUCAGGACGAGCUUACAGCUGCUGUUUACCUCCAAGUGAGCAUAGUGAGUCAAGCACUCAUCUUCGUCACUCGUUCUCGAAGCUGGUCUUUCAUCGAACGUCCCGGUUUCUUGCUCGUGAUUGCCUUCAUUUUGGCACAACUCGUGGCUACUGUAAUUGCAGUUUAUGCAAACUGGGGGUUUGCAAGAAUCAAAGGCAUAGGAUGGGGUUGGGCGGGUGUAAUCUGGAUCUACAGUGUAGUCUUUUACUUCCCACUUGAUGUAAUCAAGUUCUUAAUCCGCUAUGCCAUGAGUGGAAAAGCUUGGAAUAAUUUGCUUCAAAACAAGACUGCCUUCACAACAAAGAAGGAUUACGGAAAAGGAGAGAGGGAAGCACAAUGGGCAUUGGCUCAACGCACCCUUCAUGGCUUGACACCUCCUGAAAUGACCGAGAAGAGCAACUAUAUAGAACUGUCGGAGAUUGCUGAGCAAGCCAGGAAGCGUGCCGAAGUUGCAAGGUUGAGGGAGCUUCACACACUCAAAGGACACGUUGAAUCCGUAGUGAAGCUCAAAGGACUCGACAUUGAUACCAUUCAACAACACUAUACUGUUUGAGUAACAAAGAAUAUGUGGAACAGGGGUUGUUGUAAGCUAAUUAUUAUUAAUCCCAUGAAGGCCGGAAGAGAUUGGGGUAGAAAUAAGGCUGAACUUUUUUCUUAAAUCAGCAUCUAUCCUAUGUAUUUCAUUUUUCUUUUUGGUAGUAGGGCCAACACAUGGUAUUGGAAUAAUGUUUUGAAUAAUCCAAGUAUCCCUAAGAUUUUGGUACAUCAAAACUCCAACCACAGCGAUGAAAACAAUCCAAUCACUUCAAAAUAUUCUUUAAUAAUAGAAGAUCGUUGAACUGGUAAUGCAAACCAAUUUUUGUUUGUCAUAUUUAAGACCAAUCGAAUAGUCAAAUUAUAGAUUUUUAAUUUAACCGCUUCAAAAAAAUAUUAACAACGGUUACAACUUAAAAACAGCCAAUACAGAAAACCAAUAAUAAUGGAUGUCAUCUAGCCUUUGCUUCCCAUGACAAUUUCAAAGUAAACCCAAACAAACAGAAGCUUCUUUGCCUACUGUCUACUUUCCUUUUACAUCUUCAAAAAUGAAAAGCAUAAGCACCAUUGCAUCUCUGUCUGUUUAUCUUCUUGUACUUUAUUCAUCAAGAUCUCAGUCGUCUCUUCUACCCAAAUUCAUUUACCAGA